AUGUACAAUAUCAAUCGCUAAUAUGGUGGAGGGUGUAAAUUACAUGGAGUCAAAAAAUUGAUGGAUACUAUAUUUGGGAGUGAAGAUUUGAAGAAUUUAUAUUAUUUUAUAAGGAUACUGUAUGACGAUGAUUUUUAUUCAAUAGAGGUUGUCUAAAAUUUAGUAGAAAAUUAAUGUAAUUCAAUUGAAGAGCUGUUAAGAUGGAUUAAAAAUAUAAAUUAUUGUUGGAUUUUAGGAAAAUAUUAAGAGUUAAGUUUAAUAAAUAGAAAUUUGAAGGUUGAUUAAGAUUUAAAAUUCUUUCUUAACCAAAUUCAAUGGCACGACUCUUACGAUCGAGAAUAGUUUUACAAAUACAUUUAGCUAGCUUAGAAUUAUAUCCUGUAAUAAAAAUAAUAAAUAAAUUAUUUACCAUCUUCAAAUAGUAAUUAGACUUAAUUGGAAUAAAUUAACUAUAUAUUAACUAGCAAUCAAACACGCUAGAUUAAUUUAAAAUAAGACUUAAGUGUAUCAGUUAUUCAAUUAGAUUCACAAUAUGAUUAAGACUUGUAUCAUUAUGUAAACGUAAGAAAUAACUCUAUUGACUAUAAGAAUAUUAUUUUUAUCGGAUAAGAAGAUGAAGGAAAGACAACAUUGUUGAAUGCAUUCAUUAAUUAUUAUUUUGAAACUUCAUGGGAUUAACUAUCUAAAUUAGUUGUUGCAGAUGAAGAACCAAUCACUGAAAUAUCUAGUUAUUAUCUUGAGCCUUACAAUAAUCGUCCAUAUGGGAUACAUUUGAUGGAUACACCAUCAAUUUCUGGAUAGGAUGAUUAGGAUAUUUUUGACAAGAUAUUCAAUUUCAUAGAAGAAUUUAAAUAGUCUAUUGAUAUAAUUGUAAUAUGUUUGAAAGCAACACACUCACGAUUAACUGAAGUAGCAAAAUAAAUAUUAUCUUCAAUUGCUAAAAUCCUAGACAUAUAAGAUUCCAAUAAAUUGCUAAUAGCUCGUACAUUUUAUUCAGGAGGACAAGUUGAUUUUUCUUAUUUAGCAUAGUAAGAUAGUCCAUUUUAAGAGAUUUAUAGAUACUUAUCUAAUAGUUGGCAUCUUGAAUUUAACGGAGCAUCCUUAGUUAAAGGGAAGAAGUCAUUAAAUUAGACAGCCCCAGUUUAUUUUCAAAAAACUUUAGAAAAUUUUUAACAACUUGAAUUGAAAAUAAUAGCUCAAAAAAAUUAGCAAAUCUACAAUAAUUACUUUGGAUUUUAGAAUAAACCUAUAGCCCAAAUAAUUGGAAAUCAUUCGUCAUAUAACCCCUAGUAACAUCAGCAAAAUUAUCCAGUGAGUCCAUUCAUCCCAAGCAUCCCAAAACCUGGAUAAAAUUUAUAUAAUGAUUCAGAUGUAGAUUUUAAUGAUUCAGUCGAUAGGGAUCAGCUCUAGGAACUUCUAAAGAAAUGUAAUCUCAUAAAGUAGAAUCUAUAAAACGCUAAUUCAUUUUAACUCUAUAAAUUACCUACUGAAAUACCCUUGCAAAUAGAUGAUAUCAGCGAAAUGAAAACAUUAGUUUUAAUAGGAGAUUCAGGAGCAGGCAAAUCAACAAUGAUAAACUUGUUUUGCAAUUAUUACUUUGGUGUUUAAUUUGAAGAUCCAUUCAGAUUGGUAAUUACAGAUACAAUUGGAAAGAAUUUCUAUCAAUAGUAGCAGAAAGGUUAAGCUUCCAAUAUAAAGGAAUAUUACUUGGAAGGAAUUAAUGGAAGACCUGCAUUAAGAAUAAUAGACACUCCUAGUUUUAAUGAAACUGAUAAAGAUUAGCAUGAUGAUAUAUCGAAAUUAAUUUUAGAUGCAUUAAAGAAUUUAGAUUCAAUAACUUUAAUUUGUUUUGUAGUUAAAUCAAGUUUAGUUAGAUUAUCGAUUUCUCAAAUGAAUGUAAUGAAUCAUUUAUUGAAAUAAUUUGGUAAUAGUAUUGUAGAGUAGUUCAUGUUUCUAUUUACUUUUGCAGAUUUUGAAGACCCUCUAGCACUUUAAGCAUUACAUUUUUAUGGAGAUUCAAACCAUUUAAAAAGCCCUAUAGCAGAUUUUAUACACCUAGCAAAGGAACCAUUUUGGUUCAAAUUUAAUAACUCAGCCUUUCAAAGCUUCGAAAAACAAAAGUCUCUUCGAUAAUUAUGGAAUGAAGCUUAUUUUUCAUUUAAGAAAUUUUUUGAAGAAAAAGUACUAGAAACAAAGAGCCUCAACCUCAGUUAUAUACAUAAAAAAUCAAUAAAGAAUACCAUUUUUGAUUUAAGAAUAUAGAUAGAUUAAUUGUUAAAUGAAAUUGAUGUAAUUUAAUAAAAAAAAGAAUUUAUAUAAGAAAAUUAGGCAUAAGAUGAAAUUUAGAAUAAGAUGAUUGCUUGUACAGAAAAUGUGAAGAUUAAUAUAUAACCAGGUGAGUACGUUUCGAAUUGUGUAAAAUGCCAUUUUACUUGUCAUUACCCAUGUUCAAUUGCUGAAUCAGAUUAAAAAAGUAGUUGUGAUGCAAUGAAUAAUGGUGUUUGUAUGAAGUGUCCAGGUAAAUGA